AUGGCUGCACCCCGUCGCAGAAAGAUUGGUCACCGCCGCCGCGUCGAGGAUGAAGGCGAGGAUGACACCGGUGCCGAGGCCCUCGACCUCGAGGACGACUCGCUGACCGAUGGAUCCAUCGCCACCGAUGACCACGGCGCUGGCAACGAUAGCGAUACCAGCAACGUCGAUGAAGCAUCUCCCACCGCGCCCAGUGUCAAGAAGACGACAAACGGCGCACCUCCCGCUACCGCUGCAUCCCCUACAUCGGAUGCCACCCGCAAAGCCUCGACCCAGCAUACCGCCGACAAAAACAAGGCCGUGUCCGAUACGGAUAUGAUGCUGCACGGACUGUCCAUCAAAGAUCAGCCCGCACGAGCGCAGGAGCUCGAAAUUGACGAGCCACCAUCACGGCCUGCGGUAACGUCCAAAUCUGUCAAGUCACCGACCGCCCCCGUCGUCGUCAGCUCGGCAUCCGCUGCCGUCCGGGACCCGGUCGAACCCCCAGAGAGCAAGCGCCGUGACGAGCACGACAACUACCGCCGCCGUCGGGACGAGGACCCAGCCUUUGUGCCCAACCGUGGAUCCUUCUUCAUGCACGACCACCGACAUGCCGGUCCGGCGGCUAAUGGCUUCCGACCAUUUGGCAGAGGCCGUGGACGAGGUGGGCGUGGCGGUGGCGGUGGCGGCUUUGGUGGAGGGCACAUACCUCCCAUGAACCAGAUGCAUCGCCCCGGUGACCCUACAACCAGUGUUCCCUGGACUCAUGACAUGCACGAGGCCGUCGCUGGACCUUCUGCCCGACGGUCUCGUCAGGGUCCUACGAGCGAAGGGCCACCCAACGGUACCGGCUUCAUCCCGACUCGCGAGCCGAACCCCUCCCCCAUCAACCGCAGCCUCUCGGCUGAGAAGCACAUUGCCAAUGUGCAGGUCCGCGUCUUCCUGCCGCACAUGAAGGCCGCCAUCGUCAAGAUGGGAGUCCCGGUCAAGCAGUACACCAAGCUCCCCGACCACCGCCCCCCUCUUCGUCGUGACAAGCCCGUCCGCAUCUCCCUUCCCGACAGACCUCCCCGCUACAUCUACCCGGCGAUAGACCGAUCCUUCAUCUUCAUCCCACGUGCCAUGCGCCCCAACCAGCAACGCACCCGUGGCAAGCCCCGUUCAGGACUCGGUUCCGUCGGCGGCAUGUCACGCAGGACCAGCGUCUUUGGUGGUAGCUUCUACGGGAGCAUGUACUCGCCCAGCGUUGGCGUGAGCAGGAGAUCGUCGAUUGCCCACGAGCGGGACAUGAUGUUCUCGCCAACCGAUUCCGUCAUGUCGCGGUCGGCGGCCCCGCCUGACCACCCCAGGCCUGUCGUUCGUCUGCCGCCAUCCGUCGGUCCGGAGUCGAUAGGACCUGGCGCUGUCAUGAUGCCUGACCAGUAUCCCGGCCAAGAUGUUCCGGGGUUCUCCGCUGGUCCCCACGACUAUCAGUUCCAGCCCCAACCCCAGCCUAUGCACCAGAAGCCUCACUUCCGCGAGAACCGUUCCGGCGACCUCCCCAUGCACCAGCCGCGCCCUCAGAAGAACAUCUCCGUUGCAGAUAUAGAGUCCCCUGCUAUGGCGCAGGGCCCACCGCAGUUCCAGCAGGCCUUCCAUCAGCAAGUGCCGGCGCCGGUGGCCAACGGCUAUAAGAACCCCGUCCACGCUAGGAAUCCGUCACACCUGUCGCAGCCAUCGUCGGGGACGCCGUUGUCCCACAUCCCCGAGCGCGCCAUCCACGCUGCACCUUUCCAGCCCCACGCCUUCGGGCAGCCUCAGCAGCCUCAGCCUUACUACGGUCCUGGAUACCAUCAGCCCCAACCGCAGCCGCAACCCCAGGCCCCUGCGGGCUACUACUACCCCCCUCCCGGUGCCGCCGGAUACUCCACUCCGGGCGUGCCACCUGCAGGCCCUGCGCCUACGUUUGUCCCGCCCGGAGCACACGGUGCUCAGCAGCAAGUCGGCCAGCCCCAGGGUCCGUCCGGGGCAGGCGGCAGCAGCGGUAGCAACCUGGUAGCCCAGGAGGUGAAUGGCAUGGUGUACUACUACGACCCAGCGCAGCUGCCGCCGGUGAAUUCGUACCAGCCUUACCCUCCCCCGCAGGGCUACCCCCAGCAACCCGGGGUUAUGGGAAUGGGAGGCAUGGUGACGCCCAGCCCAGACGGGUACUACUACGCACAGGGGGGCGUUCCAGGAAUGGUCUACUAUCCACAGUAA